AAGAUUUGACCCGGAAGUGAUGCACGACAGUAAUCAGAACAUGGAGUAUGGUUGUUGACCAUGGACGAAGACGAGACUGGUGAUGUUGUUUUAAAUUUUUAUGAUAGUUUGCUGUAUAAAGCCGAUGUCAGCUUACUGGACGAUCAGAAAUGGCUAAAUGACAAACUGCUGGGAUUUUGCUUUGAGUAUUUUGAACGAGAGAAGUUUAACCAUUCCGCUGACAAACUAAGUUUGAUAAAUCCUGAUGUUGCUCAGUGUAUUAAACUAUUACCUAAUGACCAAUUAGGAGAGUUCCUAGAGACUUUAAAUCUACCAACGAAGCAGUAUGUCUUCCUGCCGGUCAACGACAAUGUCCAGUGUGAACAGACAGGUGGAUCUCACUGGAGUUUGCUGGUGUACAUCAGAAGCCGACAGGAAUUCCGUCAUUAUGACUCCUGUAAAACCUCAAACCAAGAAGAAGCCAGGAGACUGGCCUAUAAACUACAACCAUUUGUCCAUGCACCCAUGGGGCGUAUGAAAUUCCUUGAAAUGGACGGACCUCAGCAAUCUAACUCUUAUGACUGUGGAGUAUUUGUCAUAGCAACAGCUGAACAUUUGUGUAGGGAGCUGUGUGAAGGAUACAGUAUAUCGCUGAAUGAUGUAGUCACUCAAAAAUCGGUCACCGAAACACGGCAAAAGAUCAGGGACCUGAUACAUCAAACCGCCAAGGAAUACUCGGGAAGCUGAGUCUGUGAUAAAAACAUUCAGCCAUAGGAAAUGUGUUUCUGUCUGGUACCAGACGAGCGUACUGUAGAGAACACAUGUAAUCGUGUAUCUGUGACGUUUAUUAAUUUGGCUCAUUUUACAUGGCCGUCAGAGUUGUGGGAUUUUAAUUUUUUUUUCGAUUUGUCUGUUCAGUAUAGCAAUGAAGCAUUAUAAAGGGGUGACUAAUGUGGACAUAAAUGUAUUGUUUGACAACAGAAGAGGCUAGAAUGGUUUUCACUCAAUAGUCCUUUCCCUGAUUUUAUGCUAGAAUGACUGUAUUUUUCUUAUCAUUUUGAGACACUUGUUUUAGAAACUAUAUAAUUACAUGUAUAUAUGCAUUAUGUAUAAUUGAAUGUGUUCCAUGUGAUGACGUCUGGCACAGUUCCUUUAUUUCUAACCGAUUUUUGGGAUAGCAGUUACUUGAGUAGAAUUGUAAACAAACAGUCAUCAAUUUAGUCGAUGUUUUGAUACGUAUUGUAUUUGAAAUAUACUGUGAUUUAUGAGAACAUAAAAAAAAACUGCUUCAGGACUCGAAACAUUUUGAUUACAUUACCCAAGAAUAUAGACCAAAUGCUGGCUUGUAAGCUUCCAUACAAUUCAUUGUCAUGGGAACGAGAUGGCACAACAUUUUGAAAUUACAGAUGCAGUAAUAUUAAUACAUGUACAUGUAUUUAUAUAUACACUUACUAGUGUAAAGCAGAUUGGCUACAGUUUGGGUAGUAGCGAGUUACAGAUUACCUCAUUUUUCACUAACUGUAGAUAGAGAAUGUUGCGAGAAAACAAGACUGUUUGGUGUGAUUCGAAUAGGGCUUUUGUAGUACAGUUAAGAAAUAAAUUUCACUUUUGAAAAUACAAGAGAGUACGAACUGCGAUGUUUCAGGCCGGCGUACUUUAUGAAGUUCAUUAGCGUUUCAUGAAAAGUACGCCGGCGUGAAGUGUUGCAGUUCUCUCAUGUAGUUUUCAAAAAAUAUUUAUUUUUUAUGUUUACAUUUACAUUCAUUUCUAUCAAAAUUCCUAGCCAUUAAAAUAAAUGUACUAUAUUUAUCAAGAUUAAUACGCACAUUGUCCACGACUGUUACGCAUUCAUGAGGUAAUGGCUCUCAUUACAACUAGUAAAGAUAUCAAUGGCAAAAACAUUGGAAAUAUGAAUAUUACUUUGUAUCAACUUGUUAAAAUUUUAUGAUGUUUUAUUUUUACCUAAUGUUUAUAAUUAUGUAACAUCCUGUCGUGGAACACGCAUUUAACUGUUUACCUGUAUGUGACAGAUGUAGGGAAAUUCUCAUGGAUGAAUGGGACAGGUUCCAGUUUGACUGUCUGUUCCCUGAGAUUCUCACUUAAGUCACUAAUGAAAUCAGGCAUUAGGCAGCUAAAAAUAGACUUCACUCAAACCACGUGUGACAAUAGUACAGUCGGAAUUUUAAGUGAGAUAGGGCUUCCUUUUUAUUUCGUGUGUGGAGAUUGUGACAGUUGUACUUUUGAGAUGUGAAUUGUUUUUCAGUCAGGAGAGUUUUUCACUUUGAUAUGCAUUAAUUCAGUUUGAAAAAUAAUUAAGUUUUGAUACAAUCUGUUAGUAUUCCAGGUGCAUUGAAUAUAAUACCACAAACAGCCAUUAUAUUUCUGGUUGUAGGUACAUGUUAUUCUCGUUAGAAAAGUGGAUAGACAUAGGCCAUAUCAAAAUAUGUUAAUUGAAAGCUAUUCUUUAUAUGAGACCAAAAUUAAACUGAACUUUUCUUAAUCAGCCAAUAUUUAUGGUACUUUUUUCAUAGUGAGUACAAGGAAUUCUUAUUCUUAUAACAAAAUAAAAUUUACAAGUGCUUUUUAUGGUUUUUCUAACUUGUGAUCAUUAAAAAGGUAAUGUUAACUUUUUAACUUGUGUUCAAUUUUUGCAGUCUUGCAUGAAGGUAAAUUUCAAAACAAUGUUGUAGUGUGUAUUUUGUCGAUAUAAAAGAAACUGUUACAAUAGACAUGCUAUAAUAAAAGAAUUUUGAAAAUGUAUAAUGCAUGCACAAAGCGUACUCAUAUUUUCAAAUGUUAGAUUUAAGGGUGUGCAUGUGAACUGAUGUCAGUGGAGAGUUUUAAUAGAGAUCUUUCGAGUCUAUAUAUUAUAUAAUUAUAUAUACACUAUGCACUAGUUAGUUAUUUUCCACUCAUCCUAUGUGAUAACCAGAGUUUUUAGGUUUUUUUUUUAAUGAAUGAGAUAAGAAACAGUGUCCAGUGGGUCUAACAUGUUCAGGAUAAUGUUGGUAGAUCCUUGAUAUACAAUCAAAUGCUCAAUGUCAAUUCUAAUGUAAUAAUUCACACAUGUAACUGCAUUUCUAACGUAACAUUUCACACAUCCGCGUAAUUUAUAAUCACUUACGUUUAUAUGCUUAUGAUGGUUGCAAAUGAUAGAUCGUUUACACAAAAGAUACCAAAUACACGAAUACACACACACACUCACUUGUAUAUUUAUAUACUGAUCUGUUAUAAUUUUAUGCUUUUUCUGAAUGAGUCAGCCAUUAUACUCUAUUAGAAUCCAUUGUUACUAGGACAUACAAGUAGUCUAAAAGUAGGUUUGUUUGUAUGGUGUAUGUUUGUUCAGACUAGUCCAGACAAUUUAUGGUCAGUGUAUAUACCACUGAAUUGGGUGCCUUAAUCAUAAUGCAGAUAUUAGAAUCGUAAUGCAGGUUUUAGUGUGCAGCAUAUUUCCUAUGUACAGGUGUUCUGCUCAAUGAGGUAUUUUACAGAUUUUUUAAAAGAAGCAGUCGACUGUAAAAUUUCUGACCAGUAAGAUUUUGAAAUGGUUCAUUCAGUAUUUGUCACAAAGGAAUACCUAAUGAGUAUAUAAAAUAUGUGUGUACAUGUAUUAAUGCAUUUUUGUUUAAUAUUCUCUUAAAAGAAAUCGGGUGUGUAUAAUGUACCGGAGCUUGAGUGCACAUGUACUUGUGGGAAAUUGGGGUUUGGGAUCUAACGAGAAAACAAUUUUUGUUGUUGACAUGUUGCGGUAAUUCAAGUUAAACACCAAAAAAAGAAAAAAAGAAAAUGACCCCUUUUGGAAAAAAUGUUUUGGAUGGAACAUUAUCUGGAAAUUUUUUGGACUUGUGCAUGGGGCAGUGCUUUUUAUACAUAAAGAGUGCUUUUUAUACAUAAAGUUACUCAAUCAAAUACAAAGCUGAGUAUAUGUAUUUCAGUUGCAUAAUGAAUGAAAUGUUAUUACAUAAAGUAUUUCAAAGCUGAUUGAAUAUCCCAUGAGACUGCACCAUGCAUAAUUCAAUAGUUAAAUGCGAUACCUAAAAGUACCGGUAUGAUCUGGAUAAUGCAAUGAAAUCUGCUGUUGAUGCAGUGUUUUAAAGUACAUACAUAUACAUGUUGAAAAUAUGCAAGUAAAAAUGUGGGGAAAACCAGUUUUGUAGAGAGCUAUUAGGGUGUAAGAUAAUAAUCUUUAUGAUAUUGUUACCUUGCCAGAAAGGCUUGUUAGUACCAUAUUAACUGAUCUACAUAAUGAUCAGAGAAGUCAACAUAAAUGCAAUGUCUCUGUCAAUAUAAACUUGUGACUAGUUGACAUUUGCUGAUAAGGUUACUUGACAGACGAUUUUGUUGACUUAUCAAAAAUUAUAUUGACUUGUCUGUAUAUUAUGUUAACUUACUAGAUCUCUAUGUUGACUUGUUAGAAAAUUAUGCUGUCUGAUUUUGAUAAACGGAUAAUUGCAUGAUAUAUCCCUUUCUUGCAAGAUGCUGAAGCCCAUCUGUUAAAUAUUAUCUAGAGUUGUAAUAAUUAGUUUACAAAUACAUAAAUUUGCAUGUGACAUUUUAUAUUUGUUAUAAAAACCCAUGUUAUUCUAUUUUGUUCAUACUAUCAGUACUUUGAUUCUGUUUUGUUUGUAUUGAUAUUCUUACUUUCACAGUGUACCUCUUUAUUAAUUAUGUAUUGGUGCAAUCUCCAAACUCGUAAUUAUUCCUUACCUAUCCUGCUGCUGUGCACUGAAGCAUGACCAUACCUUAACAACUAGUGUGUUAACUGAACCUGUGUCUGAAAUCAGAAUUAUUCCGUAAUGUUUUAUGAAAUGUUAUAUAUACCUGGUAGAUAUAAAGGCUCAUAUAUUCAUAUGCAUUUCAUGAUUGAGAUAAGUAUUUUAUUGAAACAACAAUAAAGGUUGAAGUUUGA